AUGGUCGAUUGGAAGAACCCUGUUGUCAUUGCUUAUGAGGCCGAGAUACUCAUUCGCUUCGUCCACAUCCUUGGUGGUCUAUACUUGUGGGAAUUCAUCGUGACGCUUCCCUACGAAUGGUCGGUCUACAUCGGCAAGCAAAGAUUCAAAUGGUCUAUGCUGAUAUAUGUUGCCUGUCGGUGGUUGACACUCAUCGACAUCGCCUUGUUUCUAACGGUCUUCAAUGUUAAAACGGAACUGAACUGCUCGGCGGCGACGAAAGCCAUUACCGCUCUGGCCCACGUUGCCAUAGGUCUUACGUCUGUUCUGCUCAUGUUGAGAACAAUCGCAAUCAAUGGUGGUGCCAAAUGGGUUGUUUUCCCGCUUGUCGCAAUCCUACUAGCCAACUGGGGUACAUUGCUGCACGGUAUUUAUGUCGCCGACGCAGUCUGGGUCCCCGAAUUGCAGUCAUGCUCAAUAGUGAAUGCCGCUACUGCCAGGAUCAAUGUCUGGGUCAGUUUCUGUAGCGAUCUGAUCUUAUUCGUGGUUAGUGUCGUGGGGCUCUUGCGCAAGGAAGGUGUCAGUCGAUUAUGGAGGCUCCUCUUCAGACAGGGUCUCAUAUGGAUGUUUGCUUCAACAGUUGGAUACCUACUUCCCGCCAUCUUUCUCCUGAUUAAUUUGAAUGAUGUUAUGGAUUAUAUGUUUGAGCCUUUCGCAGUAGUCGUGAUGACCAUCUGUGCGACUCGGAUGUACAAGGAUCUAUCCGAAUAUAUGGUUCCAAAGGCUCUCAUUCGGACGGACUUCAUGAGUCGAUCCGCGGGUAGCUCUCGGUUUGCCAAAGCCAGUAAAAUGACCCCGGGUGAUACUCUACCUGUAACUAUAGAAAUGGAGACAGUCACAGAUUACAUGACCAGUGACAAGAGUCGGCCUAGUCCACAGCUGUAUCUGAAGGCUGGCACCGACAUCUCGGACCGCGACUCGGGCGAACGCACGUGGGGCUCACAACAACCUGAAGAUUGUGUCUAAAAGGAUCGCACGAGAUACAUGAUGCCACUGGUAUCAGCAGUAUUACGUUGAAUCCACGGAUGGCUCUCCUUCAUGAUUGGUG